AUGGUUUUAAAGAAUAAUUUAGAAAAAUCCCUAAAAGACUUUGAAACAAGGAUUAGGGAAUUAGAGCAAAGUAACGAAGGGUUGCGUUCACAAUUCAAAUAUUUAGAAGAAAAAAUUAAAGAACGAGAAGAAGAAUCAAAAGACAAGCAAGAAACUAUUAAUAAUUUAGAAGAAAAGAUUGUUGAAAUAAGCGUUUAG